AUGUCGCCCAAUGACAAACCUUCCGAUGAUGAACUUCUCAGGGGCUCUAUCGAAGUCAAAAAGAUAGACCCGUCCAGGUUUCAAGACGCCAUUCCCGAAUUGAAACUUCAUGGCUCCAAUUUCCAUUCGUGGCUUCACGACCUUUCCAACGCAAUUUUGUUGAUGCUGAAUAUCGAUGAAUACUUGCUAAGGCCAAAACCUGUUAUUGAUAACAUUUGGACAGUAUCCAUUGAUGCAAAGUGCCUUGAGUUAAUUCAAAUCUUGCUCACAAAGGAGUUUCAAGUGAUUGUAUCCGACUGCGAGUUCGCCCACAAUGCUGUUCACGAACUCCGAAUUUACCUUCACACACAAGCAUUGGCCAGAGAAUCCAUCGUUGGUUUACAUGACCCGAGCAGCACUGGAUUUGGAAGCAGCACUGAACUUGGACGUCAGUAUGCUUCUAUUCAAUCGGAUACUGAGGAAAUCACUGAUAGACCGAAGCUUCAUCUUAGUCCUUCGAGCACCAUUAUCGGUUUAACCAAUAGACAUGCCCUACGGGCCACUUUAGAAGCCAUAUAUGACACUGGCGACCACGCUACUCACCCAAAACCAUCGUGUUCAUCAGUACUUCAAAUAGGACUUUACCUCAUUCCCAUCUUUACCUCUUUCCAUUCCAGCGGCAAAAUCAAUAAGCCACAGAAUGAGUUUCCAUACCACUUACAUCAAUCGAAUGCACAGGCAUCAAUGACCCAGUUGUGA